UUGACACGAAUCCGGUUUUAACAGACUGCAGAUGAAAACGUUGUCAAUGAGUUUGGUGGUCAGUAUAUUAUACAUAAUGUAUGUGCUGCAAUUGACUGUUUAGUGAAUGUGGCAUGUUUGAUAUAACUGUCACAACCCAAAAGAUGGUAAUUAAGAUUUUCCAAACGAUUGAUUUCGCCUGUCAGUUGUCAGAUUUGGUUCACUGAGUCUACAGCAGUUUAGGCUUGCAUACGGUGUGAUGUUAGAAUGAGCGAAAGCUGAAGGAUAAGAAACAAGUACUUUUUUUGUAAAACUUUUCGACAGUUCUAGGAUUGUGCUGUAAAUAUGUUAAGCAGAACAAACAUUCAGGAAGCAAACAAGCACCUGCAUGCCAUGCACCAACGUAUAGCUUCACUAGAAAAUACAAUACAGCACCAGAACCAGACACUAAUUGACAGGGACUUAAUGUACCAGCAACAGUUCCAGCAGUUGAAAGCUGGGAAAGAGGAAGAAAUCAAGGCAAUCCAGAUCAGGUUAUAUGAAGAAGAACGUGAUUCUAAGGAAAAGGACAAAUUGUUGGAAGUCCAGAAACAAUUAGCGGAAGAAAAAGAUUUAGAAAUUAAAGAGCUUGAAGAAAAAGUGAAUAUACUAAAACAUAUAUUGCAGUUUUUACCAAACCUGAAGUCAAUGGUUAGUGUGCUUGAUUCAGUCAGCAAUUCAGAGUUUCUUAUGAAUGGAGAUGUAAAGAAUAUGCAUGGAAAUCUAAGAACAAAUCACACACCAAAAGCUUCAUUACUGGCAAAACAUUAUGUGACCAACACUAGGUCUAGAAAUUUUUCUAUUUCAGAAGACAGUGAUGAGGAUCAUCUAACAAAUACUGGUGAAGUACACGAGACUGGUUUAAAAACUGAUCCAACAGACCACAACGAACCCCUUAUCAUGGAAUCUCAGGGUACUCUACAGGGAAAAGAAUACUAUUUAUAACCCUGUCAUGUAGUUUCUGAAAGAAACACUGCUAAUCAUAUUUUAUUUCCUCUUUGCUUUUCCAAUACAGGUAUUUUUGUUAAUUAGGCCAUUUGAUAUAUCAUAUUUAAUUAUGCAAGUCACUUACAAAUCUAUCUUUUUUAAGCUAACAUGUUAUUAUUAGAGUCCUGAAGUUAUUAACUGGUCUUGUCAUAAGUUGUAGUCAUGGAAGAUGAAGACAAUACUGUCUCAAUCACAUGGACUUGGUACAAGUUCCCAGCCCAUGGUCUACAUGUAAUUUAUAUGGACUGUGUCACUGUGUUUAGAAUGUCCAUGUGGACUGGAUGCUGAUAUCAGUUGGUAUUAGUUAAGUACUGUUUACUAGCCUAAUUAUUUCAGACUACAGAAGUCCUCCUCAGAACCAAGGUGGAAAUGAUGCCAAGACAAAACCUGUACAAAGUACAAAAUGGUGGAGCUGGUUCUUCCAUCUACUUAUCAGGAAACAAUCUAAAUCAAUUGGACUUAAUUGCAUAAUAAAAACUAUCAGCUGAUGUAAAUAUGUCAAAAAUUUUAUGUUCAUAUUACUUUCUGGCUCCUUCUAUCCUGCCAACGUUUGUUGAUAUGUAAAUUAAUGGAUAAAACCAAUUGGUGUGUUUUGAAUAUGGUUACUAAAAGUAGUUUAUAAAACACAUUUUUAUGGAGGCGUUUACGCCUGCCAUAUUGCGAUCACCUACGAGUUGUGACAUCACAACCCCUCACUUUCGUUUUCGUUAUAUUUCCUUUCACAGUUAAUUUUGUGGUUUCUUUCGGUUCACAUAUGAUGUAGUUGAACUAUAUUUUGUAUUUGUUGUAAAGAUAGGAUAUUUAUUUCAUUAUACAUUACUCAUACUGGUUCAUCAAGUCAUAAUGUUCAAUUAUUAUCUACAAAUAUGUUAUGAAUUGGUAAAUCCUUAUAGAGUGCACAUUAAUUACUCAUAAUUAAAUACUGUAAAGUCUAUUCCAGCAUGAUAAAAAUUAGAAUCAUUGUUCAUAAUUGCAAUAGCAUACAAUGUAUAGUAAUUUUCCAUCUGGAAUGAAAAUGUGUUUUCAUGAAUCCUGCAGUUAUUGGAUUCUGUCAAUCAUCCAAACUCAAAAAUAGAUUAGGUCUCUGUAAAAAUGUCAAUUCCAAAACAUUUUGCAAUAUUUAAUGCUUGGAUACACAAUUUUUUGGACUUCUUCAUCUUGAUGUUAAUAAUGCUAUUCAACAAAUUUAAGUUGUUUCAAAUAAAUAAUAAAUAAGCAAUAUAUGAUUGGGUGUGAAGCCCUUUUAUUCGAACUAGAAAUAAAUUAUAAUUUGCUUGCUU